GCGCGCCGCCAGGGCUGCCACCUGCCGCCAGGUGCGCCGCAGUCCGCGCGCAGCUGCUGAGAUGGCGGCGUCGCUCGCCAGCUGCGUGCUACUGGCCGCGCUCGUCACACACGUUAAUGCGCUUGUUAUACCUGAAGAAUUGCCAUCACUAUUGUCUCUCAUUUACUCAAAUAUUCCUCCAAUAAAGAAAGGUACUGAUUCCCGGAUAGGCUUGGGUUUUCGGUUGGGUCCACAUGCCGAUUUCCAAGUUGUAUUGGAACUAGGCCCACAAAGAGAGACGGAGCCACUGGGCAACGACGUGAACGCCAAGAAGAGACGCCAGGUGCGCCCCGUUGUUUCUCCGUCCACGGAGCCACACGCCGACAACACUGACGCAGUGCUGUCGCCUGGAAAGUGGCUCCAUUCCUGGAAGUCAGGCUUGGUCAGCAACCAAGUAAAGAAUUCUAACAAGAUACGAAUCGCAGAAGAUCCUUCUCAAAGUAGCAAUGAAAUUGUGCUGCAAUUAAAACAGCUCUAUAAGAAAGAUAUAAACGUCAACAAUAAACAAGACAGUGAAAACACAAAGCUACCUCAAAAUUAAAACUUUUUUCAGGAUUACUUUUAUACAGUUUGAGUAAAGAAUAUGAGCAGUGCAUGUCUUUAAAACUAAAUUAAGUUCAAUGACACUUAAUUGUUCCUAAUUUAUACGAUAAAACAAAUUAAAAUUUACGUAUUUUUAGUUAAUGCACUGAAGAUGAUUUUAACAUUUGAGUGACCAGGAGGUGCUUCAUUGCAAACUGAAAAAUUGUGGUGACUGGCUACUAUGAAAAAUUAUUUAUAUCUGGUUUUCUUAGUCCUUGUUUUUACAACGUGUAUCUUCUCCAAUCAUCAUACCUAUGGUAAAACUCUACUUAUUUAGUAUAUUUUGUACAAUUUUUUUGUCAACACAACAUAAUAUUAAAACAUUUGCACUCUAAUGUCAAAAUUUAGUACAAAUUGCUUAUUUUUGAAGGAAAAUUAGCUUGCAUGUAUAAGACAUAAACUAGAGGGGGAAAAGGCUUCUCUGUGCCUAACAAGUCCUGCUCAUGUGGUGGGUUGUGUGUUUGAUCCCAACGCCUCGACUUGACCGAAUCGUAAACCAAGUGGGUCGAAGCCCACUGUUAACUAGGAGGUCCCAUCACCUUUAAAGACUGUGUACAACCAUGUGAUGUAAAAUCCUAUAAACAAAAAUAAAAGGAUAUGAAAAGCAUAAACCUAAUAGCAUAAAAAGUCAAAGUAGUCACUGAAUGAGCGGCAUGAUUUGGAAUGCAAGUGAGAUGUGCCAUUUAGAAAUAAAUGCAGUACCAACAAA